UAAGACUACAACAUGAAGCACAAAAAAGUCAAAUUUGUAAAUGUUCUGAAAUAUACCUACUUUCAAUAUUGAAUAGUUGUGAAAACAGUAGUGUUAAGAUCUCACAAUGAUCGAACCAGAGUUAUGGGGUAAAAACAAUGACUUGACUACCCUCGUCAAUAUUGAAUACCUAGAAAAAUUCAAGGACCUAAUUGUAUGGAAAGAAAAUGAAUCUAUUUUUGAAUUUGGAAUGGGGGAUGGAAGAAAUACAAAAGAGGCACUGUUACCCCGAUUGCCAAAAAACUUUAAGGAAUAUAUUGGAACUGAUAAAUCGGCAACAAUGAUUGACUAUGUUAAAACUAAUAUUUUAGAACCAAGAGCUACAUUUAUGGUAUUUGAUAUUUCCUCUGAUACUGUUCCAGAAGAAUUUGAAAAUCGAUUUGAUCACGUAUUUGGAUUUUUCGUAAUGCACUGGGUAAAAAAUACUAGACGCGCAUUUCAAAAUAUGCAUAAAUUAUUGAAACCUGGUGGCCAGUUGUUUCUAACAUUCGGUGAUGAAACUUCAGCCGAUCCUGUAUAUUUUGAUUUCUUAGAACAUCCCAAAUGGAGUAAAUAUAACCAUGAAUGGUUAAUUUCACCGUAUUUUGGUCAUCCGGAUCCAGAAAAUGAAUACAAAAAGCAACUUGUUCAAGCAGGUUUCGAGCUAUUUGAGUACCAAAGAGAAAAGAAAAUUUACAAAUUCCCCAAUGAAGAAUCAUUUAAAGGAUUUUGUCUUAGUAUAAAUCCUGUUCUAAAAGAAGUAUCCAAAGAAGAUUUUGAUGAGUACAAAGCAGAGUACCUGGCAAAAAUGACAAACAACAAACUAAAUUUUACAAAAAAAUGUUGUGAAACAGGAAAAAUUAUUUACCAUUCGGGUUAUGAACUAAAUGCUGUUUUAGCUAACAAAAAAUGACUAUAAUACUGAAAUUAAAUGAAAUUAAUAGUGUUUAAUAAUAUUCCUUUGUUAUAUCGUACUAUUCAAAUUAAAAUGUAUCAUAAAAUACAGAUGGAUAUUCAUAAAAUAACAUUUUCAAAUAAUUAGAACCGUAUAUAUAUUUUAAACAUGUAAUUAAAAGCUUUGAGUUAUUAAAAAGAAAUAAUUAAAAGGGUGAUGGUCAAUAAACGUAUCAGUAAUUUAUUUUUGAGUAUAACGAUGUAUGUUAUUAUGUGUUUGUUUAAUAAUAAAUUGUAAAAAAAAUAAAGGAAGAACAUUAAAAAUUUUGUUAAGUAUAAUAAGAAAAAAGUUCUGCAUCUUAAGUGUCCGUCAGUCUAUAAAGUCAGUAAUUUCUAAAUGUAUUUGUUUUAAACGGUUUUCGUUCAAGAAUUUGGAUGUCCAUCCAGCUGUUCUUUCUGACUCUCGUGUCAGAGAUGCUAAAGUAUUUGAGAUAGUUGAUGUAGAUAUUUGGAGUUGCUUUCAUCUUUCUCAAUAGAAAUAUUUUUGCAAACGUUUCGGCCGUUUGUUGCCAGAAGAGGGCGUCCUAAAUUUAUUUAUAAUGAUGACAGUUCCAAUUUUGAGAGGGCUUCUAAUGCUUUCAAACAAAUCGAUUGGAGUCUUAUUUUAUAGUACUGUUGUGUAGACAAGAUAGACUGGAGGUUAGUGCACCAACCGAUAGUUGGUGAGGAGGAUUUUGGGAACAGCUUAUUCGUAUAUUAAAAGAUUUAUUUCGAAAGACGUAAGGUAAGGCUUUCUUAGAUUUUUAAAAAAUAUUAUACUAAAGUAGUUCUAAAUACAACUGAAGAGUACAUGGGAAAAUAGAUCAGAGUCCAUUUUUGUUAAAAAUAACACCGCCAUCUUGUAGUUUUAUACCCAAUCAUCUUGCUGGUAUGGCAGGAGUUUUAAUAAAAUGAUUACAUUCUCUGUAUUUUACCUAAAAUUAAAAACUAUCCAGUCUUUAAACUUUGUUUUAUUUAUUCUGCCAAAAAGAAGUUUUUGUGACUAAUCAUUUUUCGUCAAAUUCCAUUUUUUUAGACUGUUUGAUAUUUUUAAAUUACUGACGCCGCUCCGUCUACUAGGCUCGUUUUUUAAUAAAAAUCAAUUUGAACAACAGCUAAGUCGUUCUAUAAUUUUUCUCCAGGCGACACACUCUCACAUACAUAACACACUAAACUCUGGAAUAAAUUCGCCGUUAAAUAAAUCAUUUGUAUUAGAAUAAACGCAAUAAUAUGUCCUUGGUUUACGACCCACCACUAAAAAGGAUGGAAUGCUUUUAGUAGAAUGAACUUUUCCAAAUGCGUAUCGUCGAUUUAGGUAAUAAAAAGACUCUUUUGAUAUUAUAUCGAGACGUAAAAAGCGUUUUUGUUAACGUUUCCAUGAAAAGAUUGUGAUUUGUUAAAAAUUGAAGGAAUGACUUUUUUUCUUUCAUUUGAAUGUAAAAAAUUGGAUAAUGUUAAUAGAAUAAUAAUCAACUAAUGUACCAAAAACGAAC